GAAAUUUCCCCCAAAUCCCGACGCGACAGCCAAACCCUAGCCACCGUCGCCGGCCACGGCGAGCCGCUCCGUCGCCAUGGCGUCCCCGGAGGGCGCCAACUGGGUCUUCGACUGCCCCCUCAUGGACGACCUUGCUGCCGCCGACUUCACCGCGCCGCCCGCAGGAGGCUUCUACUGGACCCCGCCGAUGCAGCCGCAGAUGCACACCCAGGCCCCGGCCGUCUCCGCCACCCCGGCUCCCAACCACUGUGCCGAAAUCAAUAGCCCUAUUUCUGUGGACUGGGACCAUGCCAAAGGACAGCCAACAAAUAAACGUCCUAGGUCAGAAUCUGGUGCUCAACCCAGCUCCAAAGCAUGCAGGGAGAAAGCGAGAAGGGACAAGCUAAACGAGAGAUUCUUGGAAUUGGGUGCUGUCUUGGAUCCAGGGAAAACACCUAAAAUCGACAAGUGUGCUAUAUUGAAUGAUGCUAUUCGUGCGGUGACUGAGCUACGUAGUGAAGCAGAGAAGCUGAAGGAUUCAAACGAGUCUCUCCAAGAGAAGAUCAAAGAGCUGAAGGCUGAGAAGAACGAGCUGCGGGAUGAGAAGCAAAAGCUGAAGGCAGAGAAAGAGAGCCUGGAGCAGCAGAUCAAGUUCAUGAAUGCCCGUCAGAGCCUCGUACCACACCUACCGCACCCUUCGGUUAUCCCGGCGGCUGCAUUUGCUGCUCCCCAAGGGCAAGUGGCAGGGCAGAAGCUGAUGAUGCCUGUCAUUGGCUACCAUGGAUUUCCCAUGUGGCAAUUCAUGCCACCUUCUGAUGUUGAUACCUCCGAUGAUCCCAAGUCGUGCCCUCCUGUUGCAUAAGCCAGCUAAUACCAUUUGCCUCAUCUAUCUUGUGGGGAAGGGGGCGAAACUGCCUUCCAUUCAGGUCUAUUUUGGUCGUCAGUGUUACUAUGUAGUUAAACCCAGAACAGAACUCAAGCCUCUUCGUUGCAUCGUUUGGUGGCAUGUCAUCUUGCGACACCGUUGUACAUCCUUAGUAUAGUAAAUAAAUACCACCUGUUGAAUGAAAUGGUCAUCAGAUGUUGCAGAAUUAUUGUC